AUGCUUGAGAAUGUUGAGGGUUCCGAGGCACAGGUUCAGCGGGUAAAUGAUCCAUCACCAGCAGAGGUUGAGCGCUGGAAGGCGCAUUUGCAAAACGGCCAUAUACCGUACAGGCGUGACUGCAGGCAAUGUAUCGAAGGUGCGGGCGUAGGGGUGCAGCACCGCCGGGUGCGACAUCCGCAAAGCUACGCACUCUCAGCCGACUUGUUUGGCCCAGUCCCCAGUGGGGAGCAUGGCCGUGAUGAAACGUGCGUGUCGGGACGGCAUAAUCUUAAGUAUGCCCUGGUUGGAGCCUUUAGGAUCCCAAGGUCUGCUGUUGAAGGAGACGUAGGGUCGGAGUAUGCACCAUCAGAGCCCCCACCAGAGGUUGUAAAUGACCUAGAAGGUUUGAGUACCCCUCCAAGGUUUCCUGGAACGCGUGUUGAGCCUGAGGCUUCGCAAGAGGAGUUGCUGAGAGAACUCUUUGAGGUCCCAGAUGCAGAUAGCUGUGCCCGGGCUCCCUAUCCGUUCAGUGUUGAAGCAGUACAGGGCACCUCUCAGGAGGAGCAGAGCAUUCUCCUGGAAGGUGAUCUUCCUCAGGAUCCCAAGGCACUCAGGGAGCUGAUCAAGGAUCUAAAGGAGCCCGUAGAACAGGUUGUGUUGAGGUAUGUUGUUCCUCUAAAGGGAAAGUCCGGACCUGAGGUCGCGGAAGGGAUCCAGAAAUUGAUCCUAUCCAUUAAUGCAAGAUACCCGGUGAGGACGGUCGGCUGGGUUAAGGAUCAGAGCGGGAGCUUGGAUCAGGAGGAGCUUGAGCAGCUUGAGGCCGAGAAUGGUGAAGGCCCCAGUCCGCUUCCUCCCGGUGCGUCUCCUGACCGCAGACUGCGGGUUAAGACCUCUAUUCGGUUUGUAGAGUGUGAUGUUAGUACUGACUCAGAGACCUUUGCGCGUGAGUGCAUUCUCUGGGAUGACUACAGCCGUGAGUCCUUCCGAACGCUCGUGGGAAUGCUGCCAGAGAAGCUUUUCCACUCCAAGGCUGGUGAUCUCGCCGUGCAUCGGGACUUUCGAAAUGAGUGGGGAUCGCUGAAUCAUGCAAUGUGCAUUCCUGGGGACUUGGAGUUGUGGAAGGCCCCAGAGGAGAUCCAAUGCCAACUGAGGAUGAACCUCAGGAUGCAGACUCUCCUCACCGAGAGCAAGGGCCCUUGGAGGAUGACGUACAACCAGUUUGCCGAGCAUGAGUGGAAACGCCUGAAUUUCAUGGGUGUGACUGAACCAGAAGAUCUGGCAUACUUAUUUGAGGAAGAUUUGAUUGAGAUAGGCCUAAAAACCGGGGAGGUGAGGCUUUACGAUAGGCCACAUCAGUCGGAGUUGUAUGAAGAGGACCAGUUGGAGAUGAUGUACUUGCAAUCCAUGUGGGAGGCGGAAGGAGUGGCGAGCCAACCACGUGUGAGGCGUGUAGAUGAGGCAAUGUUUACCCCUGACGUCGAAGGCCUACUCGAGAAGCUGGAUGGACCACUUGAGGUCGUGCAUAAUGUGGCCCCUGCGGAGGUGAGAAGUCAUCUAGAGAAGUGGCGACAAGCAGCAACCACUGAGGUGCAGUCUUUGGAGACAAUGGGGGCUAUACGGAGGCUUAGAGGCCAAGAGGCCCGAGGAGUACUCCGGAGUGGGGAUGUUGAGAUCAUUCCAGCAAAGGCUGUCUGUACGGUCAAGCCGGGCUCUCCCUUUAAGCGAAAGGUGCGCGUGGUUUCGUGCGGGAAUUUUGCAUCUACCACAGAAGAAACGUUACUUUAUGCGGGUGGAGCUGGAGCCGAGACACUGAGAGCCUUGCUGGUGCACAAUGGCAGAAGGGGUCGAAGGUGCCAUAGUUUGGACGUGAAGUCUGCGUUUCUACUGGCGCCCAUACCGGCGUACGUAAAGAAGAGGUAUGCAGUACGGCCCCCGAAGCUGUUGACGGAGCUAGGCAUCUGCGCUGCUGAUGAGAUCUGGAUGAUUGAACGAGCUCUCUACGGCUUUCGAGAAUCGCCGCGCUGGUGGUCCGUGCAUCGAGACAGCGUACUAUCCACCGCAACGUGGAACACCGAGCGAGGGGCCUUGCGGUUGAGACAACUGGCAAGCGAUUCAAACGUUUGGUCGAUAGAACUGGAGUCGGGAGAAUGUAUGGGACACCUCCUGAUUUACGUGGACGAUAUGCUGAUAAUGGCAGAUGACUGCAUUGCUGCAUCGUUCUUUGAGUGGUUUCUGGGAGUCGAUAUCUACGAGGAUUAUUCUCCUGAGCAGCUCCGUGAGGGGCAAAGAAUUACCGGUGAAUUGCUUUGGGUGGCACAGCGGACGAGGUUGGAUGUGGCAUAUAGUGUAGGGCUAAUGGCCAGUCUAGUUGCCCGAUCCCCACAGUACGUCGUGAAGCUAGGCACACGGGUAUUGGAAUACCUGUGUAACACGAAGGCUCAUCGCCUCACUCUGGUUCCAGGCAAGGCAGAUGGGAUAAGGAUUUACACAGACGCAUCGUUUGCGCCUCAUGGAGAGCACUCCAUCACAGGUGCCGUCUUGCAGUAUGAUGAAUGCUGUGUCGUGUGGAAGUCUAAGCGGCAAAGCCUUGUGACGCUCAGCACGGCAGAGUCGGAGCUAGUGGACAUGCAGUCCAGGGGUGAAGCUACGGUCAGCCAUUGCCCGGGAGACCUACAACUCGCAGAUGCUCUCACUAAGGCAUUGCCGAAGGCCAGACAUGAGUUUCUGGCUAAGCUUCUGGGUCUAGGCCCCCCGGGUAUGGUUGUAGGACGCCCACCAGCCACUGUAGUAACUGCCGAGGUUAGCCAAAUUACGCCCACCGAGGACGGCGGGACCCAGGGUCUGGCAGGUGAUAUACCCUCGGUAGAGGCUAGAGCUGCAGUGCAGAGGGGGAUUGGUCUUUGGUUGUUUGCCUUAGCCCUUUAUUCUCAGUUGGAGCUUGGUGAUGCAGCUGAAGUAGAUGAGGAAG